AUUCUCACACCUGAAAAGACUAGAUUUGGCACACGAUCCUGAAGAACAUAAGAGCAAGGCGGUCGCGGUCCAAGUUCCCGGAGACGGUGCAGGAGGCCGAGCUGGGCAGCGAUCAGCGGCAGGGCCCUGCCUGAAGCCCCAGCAGAGCCGCGAGGGUCCCUGGGACACAGAAGCAGCGCCCACGGCGGCGCCAGGGAGCGCGAACCGGGAAAUGGACGAGAAUUGACUCCUGUCACUUCCCGUAGCCGCCCGCGGACGCCUGGGCUGGGAACCCGGACGGCGCUUCGCGGAGGACAAACACCCUCCUGCGCGGAGCUCCCGCAACACUGGUGUCUGGGGCGAAUUCCUCAGUUUCAAUCUAGGUAACCUUUAAAUGAAACUUGCUGAAAAAUCUUAAAUCAUACACAGAAGAGAGACACCAGUCAAUAAAAUCAACAAUCAGGUGGAAAAGAAUGAUGUUGUCCUUAAAUAAUCUACGCACCAUCGUCCAUAACCCGGCAAUCCCCUAUGUUGGCACCAUUCCUGAGCAGCUGGAGCCUGGAACUUUGAUUGUAAUACGCGGGCAUGUUCCUAGCGACUCGGACAGAUUCCAGGUGGACUUACAGUGUGGCAGCAGCGUGAAACCUCGAGCCGACGUGGCCUUUCAUUUCAAUCCUCGUUUCAAAAGGUCCAACUGCAUUGUUUGCAACACUCUGAAAAAUGAAAAAUGGGGAUGGGAAGAGAUCACCUAUGACACGCCUUUCCAAAAGGAAAAAUCUUUUGAAAUCGUGAUUAUGGUCCUGAAGGACAAAUUCCAGGUGGCUGUAAAUGGAAAACACACUCUACUCUAUGCCCACAGGAUCAGCCUGGAGAAAGUAGACACUCUGGGCAUUUAUGGCAAAGUUAAUAUUCACUCAGUUGGUUUUAGCUUCAGCUCGGAUUUACAAAGUACCCAACCAUUUACCGUGGAACUGACAGAGAUAAGUAAAGAAAAUGUAGAAUAUAAUCUCAGCACUCUGGGGCUACCCUGGAAAGGACAACCUAGUAUUAGAGGAGACUUUUCUAAAAUCGUACCCAGAGCUGUCUGCACCAAGAGCAAAGAUUCGACUGUCAGUCACACUUUGACUUGCACCAAAAUACUACCUGCCAACUCUUUGUUAAAGACCCUGCCAUUCAUCGCAAGGUUGAACUCCCCCAUGGGCCCUGGACGAACUGUCGUCAUCAAAGCAGAAGUGAAUACAACUGCCAAAGGCUUUAAUGUUGAUCUACUAGCAGGAAAAUCAAAGGAUAUUGCUCUACACUUGAACCCACGCCUGAAUGCCAAAGCAUUUGUAAGAAAUUCUUUUCUUCAGGAGUCCUGGGGAGAAGAAGAGAGAAAUAUUACCUGUUUCCCAUUUAGUCCUGGGAUGUACUUUGAGAUGAUAAUUUAUUGUGAUGUUAGAGAAUUCAAAGUUGCAAUAAAUGGUGUACACAGCCUGGAAUACAAGCACAGGUUUAAAGAGCUCAGCAGCAUUGACACGCUGGAAAUUAAUGGGGACAUCCACUUACUGGAAGUGAGGAGCUGGUAGCUGACCUGACUGCUGCAAAACCUGAAAUACAAAAUGGCUUCUGUGGUACUGGCCUUGUCCAAAUGCAUCUCACUGUCUCUAUAUUGUUAAAAUGAGCUUGCAAAACAGCAA